CCAGGUGACUUACUGUACUUCCCAAGAGGGACUAUUCACCAAGCUGACACUCCUCUUGGGAUCUCCUGUUCUACACACGUGACCAUCAGUACCUACCAAAACAACUCUUGGGGAGACUUUUUACUGGAUGUAAUUCCUGGCCUUGUGUUUGAUACAGCAAAAGAAGAUGUGGCGCUGCGGACAAGCAUACCAAGGCAACUGCUUAUGCAGGUGGAUAUAGCUGACUCGACAAAAAAACUGAGUAGCCUUUUGAGAAGACUUGCAGACCGUCUGGAAAACACCAGAGAACUGAGAUCAUCUGACAUGAAGAAGGACUUUAUUAUGAACCGGUUGCCACCUUGCUUGGGAUGUGACUCUGAUCCUUUGACUCCAGGUGGGAAAUUGCCAAAAAUAGAUAGCAAAAUCAGACUGCAGUUUCGAGAUCAUGCUAUCAUUACAGUGGAACCAGAUCAAGAGCAUUCUGAUGAAAUUCGCAGAGAAAUGGUUUACGUGUAUCAUUCUUUGAAGAACAGGCGAGACACUCACAUGAUGGGGACAGAAGAGGAUCCUACUAGUGAGGAGGGCACAUCGCAGCAGACUCAUGGCCUGCGGUUUCCUUUGUCCUACUUGGAUGCACUGAAGCAGAUUUGGAGUAGCAGCACUGUUGCUGUUAAAGAGCUUAACCUUAGCUCAGACGAAGAGAAAGAAAACCUCGCCUUGUCACUAUGGACUGAAUGUCUAAUUGAAGUUCUUUGAUGCUUUUGUGAAUUAGCUGCUCCUGUAAGUAGUAUUUCUGGCUGUUAAGAAUCUCUUAAGAGAAAAAGGCUUAUUAAAUUACUUUUUUAUGCAUC